AUGGGACGAAUUCACUUUAAGCGGUGCGCCAAACGCUCAAAGGAGGUUCUUCCAAUUGGAAGACCAGAUGGAAUACCUCGUGUCUGCUUUGAUAAAGUUUCUCCAAGAUGCUCGAAUAUCUCCAAAGAAUUACUCGACGUGAUAAAAAAUAUGCCUGUGAUUGACGUAGAUACCAAAAAGAAGAAAGCUCGCGCGAUCAAAACGAAGGAUCUUAAACGAUUGCAACUUGCUCUACAAUAUUAUGCCGUUGAAAAGGAAUCGGAUUGGGAACGAAUCGCUUUAUCGAUGAACCGAGUCUUUGAUUCUGCAACUUGUAAACGCGUAGCAAUCGAACAUUUGGAUUGGGCUUACUCGGAGAUAGUGACGGCGAACUCCGAGUUUUCCUGGGAAGAUUUGAGUUCAACGCCCGGUACUCUUGAAUAUUUGAAAACAUUUGAUCGUCUAAGCAGGAACUACAUUCUGACCGGCGGCUGUGACGACUAUUUUACUGGAGAACGAAGAAUUAUUGAGGAUCCAAAGGACAUCUACAACAUGUAUGAUCUGAAUGAUUCGUUGGUUGAUAUUUUGCUUCCGCCCAAUAAAAAGAAUUUCUCUACCUUAAAUACCUCAAAACUUUCUAUCGUCAACGGUCCCGAUCACGAAUUUGAUGGAAGCCAGCUACUCGAACGGACACAAAGUUAUCCAGAACUCGCAUCUCCCGCUGUGAUGAGCGAUAAAAAGAGGAUUUCAUUGAUUUGGCGUCACCAAAAGCGUCGAAACCGUUCUGUUUCCGAAUCUUUAUCGUCAGUGCAAAUAUCUUUG